AUGUCGGCGACAACGGCCUCGUCAGCCGCAUCGGCGACGACUUCGUUGGAAGCUUCGCCUUCGAUGUCAGCGAUGACAAUCUCGUCGUCGGCUUCGACCUCCUCUUCAGCGUCAGCGUUGUCGGUCUCGUCGACGUCCUCAGCCACGACAGCGACUGCAGCGUCCUCGACGGUGGUGGCAUCGAUAUCGGUGACGACUUCGUUGGAAACUUCGUCUUCGUUGUCGGCGACGACAAUCUCGUCGUCGGCUACGGCCUCGUCGUCGGUGUCAGCGUUGUCGGUUUCCUCGACGUCCUCAGCCCCGAUAGCGACCACGUCGACUUCGGCAUCCUCGAUGGUGGUGACAUCAAUGUCGGCGACAACGGCCUCGUCAGCCGCAUCGGCGACGACUUCGUUGGAAGCUUCGCCUUCGAUGUCAGCGAUGACAAUCUCGUCGUCGGCUUCGACCUCCUCUUCAGCGUCAGCGUUGUCGGUCUCGUCGACGUCCUCAGCCACGACA